AUGGCUUUUUACGACGACCCUGGGAAUGAUGCCCAGCCAUUCGGGAGGCCUCCGAAAUCCUACGAAGGGGGAAUUGCUGGGCCGCGACGACCGAGACUCGUGACGGACUAUGGGUCAUCGAUGGUACAAUGGAUACGCACACGGAAACCUCGCUAUAAGGGUGGUCAUCAGAUUGAGGUGGAAAGGCCUAGUGCAAGCUAUGUUGUGGAUAUGCUCCCACCUCUUGCCCGAGUUCAUUCUCCAGCGGACACUAUCCCGGUGCGGCAUUUACAUCAGUCAAUCGGAAAAUCGAAGAAACCGAUCACUGUCGUACGAUGGACACCGGAAGGAAGGCGCCUGCUGACGGGAGGCCAUACGGGCGAGUUCAUGCUCUGGAAUGGAACUGCCUUCAACUUCGAAACAGUCAUGGAUGCACAUUACGACCAGCUGCAAGCUGGUGUCACCUCCUUAGCUUGGUCUCACAGUCAUGACUGGUUGAUAUCCGGAGGACAGAAGGGUGACGUGAAGUAUUGGCGACCUAACUUCAACAACGUUGAGACGAUCGAUGACGCACAUCACGAUGCUGUUCGCGAUUUAGCUUGGUCACCCAGUGAUACUAAAUUCCUCUCCGCAUCCGACGACACAACACUGAAGAUUUUCGAUUUCACUGCGAGAACUUGCGAUACCGUUCUUACCGGUCACAAUUGGGAUGUUAAAUCCUGCGACUGGCAUCCCACCAAAGGUUUGCUUGUGUCUGGGUCCAAAGACCACCAAGUCAAGUUCUGGGAUCCGCGCACAGCAAGAUGCUUAACAACGCUUCAUAGCCACAAGAAUACUGUCACAGCGACGAGGUUCUCCCGCGUAAACAAUAACCUUCUAGCUACAUCGUCUCGGGAUCAAACGGCGAGAGUCUUCGACUUGCGCAUGAUGCGAGAUAUUUGUAUCCUCCGAGGCCAUGAGAAGCCCGUCUCCUCUCUUACAUGGCACCCGAUCCACAGCUCUCUCAUAUCUACUGGUAGUGAGGAUGGAUCUCUAUAUCACUAUUUACUUGAUGAACCUAAUUUGCCCUCCGGGCAGAUCCCUACAAUUGCGCCAUAUGACAGCAACGACCCGGCUAACACGCCGGCGCAGGUGAUAUACCCUGCCCACAAGGUACAAUAUGCGCAUGGUGCCACCAUCUGGUCCCUCGAUUGGCAUCCUCUUGGUCACAUUCUUGCAUCCGGAUCUAAAGAUAAUUUCACACGGUUCUGGUCCCGUGCCAGACCCGGGGAGACUAGUUACAUGAAGGACAGGUUCCAUAUCGGAGAAGAAGCGGCGGAAGCUCAGGGUACAUGGAGCAGGGGCUUCGGACGGCGGCAGAUGCGUGAAGAGGAGGAACAAGAACUUCAAGAUGAGGCGGAGAGCUUGGUCGACCAGAAGAAACCGGCCGGUAUAUCGUCUCUUCCUGGAAUUCAAUUCGCACCACCUGGCGCCGCACCACAGCCAGACGGGAUGGGUUCGAUACUGCCCGGGAUUGGGGCUCCCCAGCCCCCGCCCCAGCCGGGGUUUUCCAAUUCUAUGCCACAGAUGGAUCCUGGGCGUUUAGCAGCUCUUUUGUCGAGCCAACCGCCCCCUCAGCCGAACAACUUCCCUCCUACGACUGGAUUGCCAGGGUUUCCCAUGCACCCUGCUAUGUCGGGGACACCUCCGGUGAACGUUGACUUGGCGGAACUGCAGAAGCAGCUUCUUUCCCAAGGAAUAUCGCUGCCCCAGAACUUCCCGCCGCCAAACUUUCCUGGCAUGCCCGGGGGACUUCCCGGCCUGCAAGGGAGCAGUACGCCCGAUCACGGAUAUGGAAGAUGA